AUGGCAAUCACAAUUGCUGGAGGGACUGAGAUCGACCUAGAGCAUGGUGGAAAUGAGUUGACUUUACAUGGGAAUGCAUUCACAUUUGAUUCAUUUCCAUUUCUGUUUUGUCUUGCAGAUGCAUCUGCCUCUGCGGCUNUCGUAGCNGUUGAUCUGAUNAGCUCUGCACGGNUUNNNCUNAAGCUNGACANNGUGUACACUGAGUACUCAGCUCAGUAUCUGGUGGACAAUGCUCGUUCCAGGCAGCAGAGAAGACAAGAUCUCAAGCUCACUGUCAAGGACUGCCUUAAGUUUGUGUUGAAGAAAGGCAUACUGAAAGCAGAAGAUUGGCCACACUUGGGAUCUGUGUCAAAGCCUCCUUCAUCGUACAAACCUGCUCUUGUUUCCAUGAANGGACAANUGAUUGAGACUCNGAAUGUGGAGGAAGCACGGGACUGGUUGAUGCAUCAACCGGUGGGAGCAAAACUGCAUGUGUUCAGUCCACACAUUGAUCUUCAACAAGACGGAAUUUACUGUGGCUCGUCAGGGGAGGCAGCCAGCUAUGUUGGACUUAGAGACGGCAUAAUAGUUAAAGAGGAGAAGAUAGGGGGAAAGUCCAUAGCUACAGUGAAGCUAUGGUACAAGAACAGCUUUAGGUUUGUCAACGUGGCGAUGAGCAGAAUGUUUAAACGAGCAUGUGCAGACCGUGACGACCCUAGGAACAUAGCGGCAACUACUCUGCUUGUUGAUUAUUGUGUCCCACGCCUAUCCAUCAAUUAA